GACGGCGAUAAAUUAACCCUUAAACUUAAUCCGUAUCAAACGUUGAGGAUGUCCACACCUUAUGAUCUGAAUGGAACGGCCAUUAACAGUGAACACAGCAUAGCCGUCUAUAGUGGUAUGGAAUAUGCCUAUAGGUACACAGUGUAUGACCAACUACUGCCCAUCAAGCACUACGGUCAGGAGUAUGUUGUUGCUGUAGAUGACACCAAACUGGAGCUGCAGAUCAUCAGUGAACAAAGCCACGUGCAGAUCACCUUCAGUUCUGGAGCCACAGUCUCUACUGGCGAGCGUCGUCUCUAUAACCGCUCACUUGAACGGGGAGAGAGUCUUCACUUCACCGCCACACGCCCGGUACUGGUGACACUCAGUCGCGCAGAUGGUUACAGCAGUGCCUUCACAACCGUGCCACCUGUACACUCGUAUGUCACUCACAGAUCAGUCGGGUUAUAUUAUAACUCUCUUCAUACAAAACUAAAGAUACUAACUGACAGGAGAGCGACUGUGUUGAUUAAAGACACACGACUCAACGACCUUCUGACAUGGGUGGAUGUAGCGGGCAGCAGAUACAAAGUCGGCACACUGGUACAGUCACAGUCACAACGUAUAUAUUCUACGUCCAUAUCCAGCGACGUCCCCUUCACUGUUCUGUCCUUCUAUAACGGAUCGGUCUAUAACAGCGGCUACAAUCUGUCUGUAGAUGAACCAGUACAUUAUACAGGUCAAAGUUACGUGAUGGCACUAAUUGGGUUCUACAUGCGACACAGCUAUUAUAUUCCUCGGAUACUCGCCAGUGCUGGGGAGACAGGAGGCCAGUGGCAGGUACAGGAUCCACACUCUGGGCGAGUCUGGUCUCGGAGCUUCGGUCCUUACAACACAGACUACUUUUACCCCAAUACAACAACUACCAGUGUUGUGCUAGUUCAUGUCAGAGAUGAUGCCAUCCAGAUCGAAGGGGGGAUGAACGAUCACACAUCAUUCUCUCCCCUUCCUAUGUCGGCAUUAGGCACGAAGUACAUCGUGUCUUCCUGUCUUCCUACUGACAACAUUCACCGGAACACAAUAUCUUACAAAUCCGUCUUGGUGAUAUCCACACAGCAAGAAGGCGGAUAUUGA